AUGAGCCUGGGCGCCCGCAGGCCGCGGGCCGAGGCCCUGCUGUCGCUGCGCCGGCCGGGGCCGGAGCUGGCGGAGCUGCGGGCGCAGGAGACGGGGCAGCUGGCGGCGCUGAACGACCGCCUGGCCGCCUACGCGGAGCGCGUGCGGGCGCUGGAGCGGCGCAACCGGGCGCUGCGCCUGGAGCUGGAGGCGCUGCGCGGGCAGCUGCGGGAGCCGCCGCGGCUGCGCGCCCUGUACGAGCAGGAGGCGCGCAGCCUGCGCGGGCGGCUGCAGGCCGAGGCGGGCGAGAAGCGGCGCCUGGAGGGGGAGCGCGAGCAGCUGCGCGGCCUGCGCGCCCGGCUGAGCGAGCGCUGCGCGGAGGAGGCGCGCAAGCGGCGCGGGGCCGAGGAGGCGCUGCGCGGGGCGCGGGAGGCGGCGGCGCGGGCCGCGCUGGGCGGCCGGGCGGCGGAGGGCCGGGCCGGCGGCGCGCGGCGGGAGCUGGCCUUCCUGCGCCGCCUGUGCGCGGAGGAGGGCGCGGAGCUGGCGGCGCGGGCGCGGAGUGCGGGCGCGGAGCCGACCCCGGCCCCGGCCCCGGCCGCGGCCCGGCCCGACCUGGCGGCGACGCUGGGCGAGCUCCGCGCGCAGUACGAGGCGCUGGCCGGCAAGAACCGGCAGGCGGCCCAGGACUGGUACCGCACCCGCUGCGCCUCCGCGGCCGACGUGGCCGCCCGGCACGGGGACGCGGCGCGCGGGGUGCGGCGGGAGACGGCCCACUGCCGCCGCCUGCUGCGCACCCGCGCCGCCGAGCUGCAGGCGCUGCGCGGGGCCGUGGCGGGGCUGCACCGCCGGCUGCGGGAGCGGCAGGAGCGGCAGAGCGGCGAGGUAGCCCGGUGCCAGGAGCGCGUGGAGGAGCUGGAGCAGCAGGUCGGGGCGGCCCGGCUGGACAUGGCGCGGUACUUGCGCGAGUACCAGGACCUGCUGCACGUGAAGAUGGCGCUGGACGUGGAGAUCGUUGCUUACCGGAAGCUACUGGAGGGCGAGGAGCUGCGCUUCGCCUCGGCCCUGUGACCGCUGGAGCCCGGGGCCGCCUCCCCGCGCUGCCCCCUCCCCUCCAUCCUGCCGCCUGCGCUGUCGCCGGGGGCCCGCGGCUCGACCCUGCCCGCCUGGCUCCCUUGCUCCAUCUCUGCCCCUGUUGUGCCCCCGGCCACCCUCGGCACGACCUCCCUGCCCCGCGCCCCUGCCCCACUGCAGCCUGCAAGGGGCGGGGGCCGAGACAGCGGCCGCCCCCCCCAGCCUGCACCUCGACCCCCACAAGUGAAGCCCCGGGGCCCCCGGCGAUAACCGCAAGCCAACCACCUGCCCCCUCCGGUGCCCGGUGGGUGAAACCGCAAGCACCGUCCCCCCCGCCCGCGGCGCUCCCCAGCGCGGGGGAGUUGCAGCCCCCCUCAGCGUCUGUGGUGCACUGCAUGGGCUGGGGGCAGCUCUGCCCCCCGUGCGCCCCGGGGGGAGCAGGGGAGGGAGCAGGAGCUGCUCCCUCUGCCUGGCCUGGCCUGGCCUGGCCAAGCCGCAUCCUGCUCUGGCCCUGCCCUGUGUGAGGCAGGCCCUGUAACCGGCCCAGCCCCUGCAGGGGGGCCCAGCACCCUAGCUGCUGUCCCUGGGGAGCUGCAGUGUGAGGAGCAGGGGGUGGCCAGGCCCUCCUCCCCCACUUGUGCCCAACAGGGCCCAGGGCUGCCUGCCCUCCUGUGUCCGGCUCAAUAAAACCCCUUGUGUUACCCUGA